AUGCCAUCGCAGCCACUGAUUCCCCCUUUGCUAUCUCCCAAUCUCUCCGCCCAUCCUUGCACCUCUCUCACGCUUCUCACCUCGACCCUCGGCGCCACAACAAAUUGGCUGGUCUUGCGGUUCGUAUGUGCCACAUUGAAGAGCAAGGGCUACGGCACUGGCCAUGAUUGCCACAUUACUCAGGGUGAUCCCUUCGACCAAAGGAUAGUGCUGGUGAGCUGGCUCAGGGAUGGGGCAUGGUGGAGGGAGAGCGGACGGAAGCUGGGCAUCGAUUUCCAGAGAGUGCAUCUCAUUGAUGCUCUGAGUAAUGGAUUAGGCAUGGGUGCUGGAGGGUUAGCUGAUGUGAAGAAAGCGAUCAUGAAGGCUAUUGGGAGCAAGAAGACUCCAACCGGCGGAGGCAACGUUAUACUGAUGCUAGACGGCUUAGACUUCUUGCUUGCGGCUACAGGGUGGGAGGUGCUGGGGAUGCUGGAUAUGAUUGGUGAACUCAGAGAGCACGUCUACUCCACCAUUAUUGCCACAGCUGCCGACAUGCCCCUUUCUCAAUCGCCCACUACGCCUCUCGAAAUAUCUCACACAGCUUUCGUGAUGAGCUUAGCACAUCAGGCGAGAUCGAUCUUGAGCGUGAGGGGACUCGAUACAGGCGUGGCGAAGGAUGUCAGUGGUGUCCUAAGGAUUAGCAAAGGAGCCGAGGAGUCGAGAGAUGAGGGAGAUGUAGAGGAGAGGGAAUGCCUGUACUAUGUAGGCUCGGAUGGCGGAGUGAAGGUGUUUGAGAGGGGUGCUUAA